AUGUCCAAGGUCCUAUCAACUGCCAGGUUAAAUUGGGCGGCACCCGGGGCGGCCAAUCAGGUUCCGGGCGGCGUGUUCCACUCUGAUUUACCUCACGGACCUCCACUCUCUCUCCAGAUGUGGCUGCUCCCGCUCUCCGUCCCCCUGCUGGGCCUGCUGGCCCUGCUGGCCCGUCAGCGGGGGAUCCUGGCCGCGGGGCGGGGGGCUCUGAACCGGGUGCUGCGGUGGGCGCGGGGGCCGGCGUGCCCCAGGAGGACCCACGCCUUUGUGUUCUCCCAGUGCACCCAUGGCCGGGCAGACAGCGUCCUGGAGACCUUUGACCUCUACGCCGAGACACACCACACCCUGGAGCUGGGGAGGGUCAGAGGGGUAGAGCUGGAUGAGGUGGUGGUGCGCGUGGCCCCGCUGCGCGUGCUGGAGCUAGGCCUGGGCUGCGGCUACAGCGCGGUGCGGACCCUGAGGUUGCUGCCCCCUGGUGGGCGGCUGCUGGCGGUGGAGGCGGACCCCCUCAGCGCCGAGCUGGGGGAGGAGCUAGUGCUGGUGGCUGGGUUCAAACACCACCAGUUCGAGGUACUGACCUGCAGCUCAGCCGAGGCCAUCGCUGGGCUGAGGCGGCCUCUCCAUGGCGACCAGGGGGAGGAGGAGGGGGGUCUGGACCUGGUCCUGAUGGACCACGACCCCCAGCACUACCUCCCUGACCUGCGGGCCCUGGAGGGGUGGGGGCUGCUCCGCCCCGGGGGGUGCCUGGUCCUGAUGGUGUUCCGGGGUCAUGACUCUGUCGUCCGGCAAGAGGUCCUGGAACACGUGGGGUCGCGACCCCAGAGCUACUCCUCCUCCGUCAGGUCUGGCCGCGGGGAUUUGAUGGAGGUCCAAUACCGGGAGGAGACCAUAAGCCUGAUGUCAUCGGGUGAUGUCAUCGGGUGAUGCCAUCGGGUGAUGCCAUCGGGUGAUGCCAUCGGGUGACGUCAUCGGGUGAUGUUGUCUCUCGAUGUCAUCUGGUGUUACGGAUUACCUCACUCACCAACUACGGUUCACAUGCUGUCAACAUGUCGCAUUCUGUGUUCUAUGUUUACUUACAAAUUUCUGUUUAUUUGGUGAAAUGUUUAUUAGAAUUGGUUCAUAAAAUAAUAUACAGCUUCCUCCAUGUUUCUUUUUGCUUCUGAAAGAAAUGGGAAAAAAUUGUAAUUUUAAAGGAUUUUAACAGAGAAGGAAAAAGCCUGACACCAAUCGGUUAUUCAUUCUGCUCUUCA